AAGCUCCCUACGAUACAACACCAAAACCUCUCUCCCUCUCUCUCUCUCUCUCUCUCGAUCCACUGGGCUCGUGGAUUUCGAUCUCUGGUUUCGUGGUUCCGAUCGAAACUUGCUUCUUCUCUAAUCUGCAAUAAUGCCUCUGAGACUCGAAAUCAAGAGAAAGCUUGCUCAAAGAUCCGAGAGAGUAAAGUCUGUGGAUCUGCAUCCAACAGAACCAUGGAUUCUUGCGAGUUUGUAUUCAGGAACCGUGUGUAUCUGGAACUACCAAUCACAGACAAUGGCGAAGUCUUUUGAGGUCACAGAGUUACCAGUUAGGUCAGCCAAGUUUAUAGCCCGCAAACAAUGGGUUGUUGCUGGAGCUGAUGACAUGUUUAUUCGUGUAUACAACUACAACACUAUGGAUAAGGUUAAAGUAUUUGAGGCACAUACAGACUACAUUAGGUGUGUGGCUGUCCAUCCUACCCUUCCAUAUGUGCUGUCGUCAUCUGAUGAUAUGCUCAUAAAGCUUUGGGAUUGGGAGAAAGGUUGGGCAUGUACUCAGAUUUUUGAGGGGCAUUCCCAUUAUGUGAUGCAAGUUACAUUUAAUCCAAAAGACACCAACACAUUUGCAAGUGCAUCUCUUGAUCGCACCAUAAAGAUUUGGAAUCUUGGCUCGCCCGACCCGAAUUUUACAUUGGAUGCGCAUCAGAAGGGUGUUAAUUGCGUUGAUUACUUUACCGGUGGUGAUAAACCUUAUCUAAUUACUGGUUCUGAUGAUCACACUGCUAAGGUGUGGGACUAUCAGACCAAAAGCUGUGUCCAGACACUAGAGGGCCACACACACAAUGUCUCUGCAGUAUGUUUUCAUCCUGAACUUCCUAUAAUAAUUACUGGUUCUGAAGAUGGGACUGUUCGUAUAUGGCACUCUACCACUUAUAGGCUUGAGAACACAUUGAAUUAUGGUCUUGAAAGAGUUUGGGCUAUUGGAUACAUGAAAGGUUCACGUCGGGUUGUAAUUGGUUAUGAUGAAGGAACCAUUAUGGUGAAACUUGGUCGGGAAGAACCUGUAGCUAGUAUGGACAACAGUGGAAAAAUCAUAUGGGCUAAGCAUAAUGAAAUUCAAACUGUGAACAUUAAGAGUGUGGGGGCAGAUUUGGAGGUUGCUGAUGGAGAAAGAUUGCCUUUGGCUGUUAAGGAGUUGGGAACCUGUGAUCUUUACCCACAGAGCUUAAAGCACAAUCCCAAUGGGAGGUUUGUUGUUGUCUGUGGAGAUGGUGAGUACAUUAUAUAUACAGCUUUGGCAUGGAGAAAUAGGUCAUUCGGUUCGGCUUUGGAAUUUGCAUGGUCGUCAGAUGGAGAAUACGCUGUUAGAGAAAGCACAUCAAAGAUUAAGAUUUUCAGUAAAAAUUUCCAGGAAAAGAGGAGCGUUCGUCCAACCUUCUCGGCUGAGCGUAUUUAUGGGGGAGCCUUAUUGGCAAUGUGUUCAAAUGAUUUUAUUUGUUUCUAUGAUUGGGCUGAAUGCAGGUUAAUUCGGCGAAUUGAUGUUAAUGUGAAAAAUCUUCAUUGGGCUGACAGUGGAGAUUUAGUGGCGAUUGCCAGCGAUACAUCAUUCUAUAUCUUGAAGUACAGUCGUGAUGUGGUUUCUUCUUAUUUGGAUAGUGGAAGACCUGUAGAUGAACAAGGUGUUGAGGAUGCCUUUGAGCUUCUCCAUGAAGUGAAUGAACGUGUCAGGACUGGUAUAUGGGUUGGGGAUUGUUUUAUUUAUAACAACUCCUCCUGGAGGCUCAAUUACUGUGUUGGUGGUGAGGUAACCACAAUGUUUCAUUUGGACCGGCCUAUGUAUUUGUUGGGUUAUCUUGCUAGUCAAAGUCGAGUGUAUCUAAUUGACAAAGAGUUCAAUGUUAUGGGAUACACCUUACUUGUUAGCUUGAUUGAGUAUAAGACUCUUGUGAUGCGUGGGGACCUGGAAAGGGCCAGUGAACUUUUACCUUCAAUUCCUAAAGAGCAUCAUAAUAGUGUUGCUCGUUUCUUGGAAUCACGUGGAAUGAUAGAGGAUGCUCUUGAAGUAGCUACAGACCCUGAUUACAGAUUUGAGCUAGCCAUACAGCUUGGCAGAUUAGAGGUUGCAAAGGGUAUUGCCUCAGAAGUGCAGAGUGAGACUAAAUGGAAGCAGUUGGGAGAAUUAGCUAUGUCCACUGGAAAGUUAGAAAUGGCCGAGGAAUGUUUAAAGCAUGCAAUGGACUUGAGUGGUUUAUUGCUGCUUUAUUCUUCUUUAGGUGAUGCUGAAGGGAUAUCACAACUUGCUUCCCUUGCUAAAGAGCAGGGAAAGAACAACGUUGCAUUCCUUUGCUUAUUCAUGUUGGGUAAAUUGGAAGAGUGCCUCCAGCUGUUGUUGGAUAGCAAUCGGAUUCCUGAGGCUGCGUUGAUGGCGCGAUCUUAUCUUCCAAGCAAGGUCUCAGAGAUAGUCGCAAUUUGGAGAAAGGACCUCAAUAAGGUCAAUACAAAAGCUGCUGAAUCUUUAGCCGUUCCUGAGGAGUAUCCUAAUUUGUUUGAGGAUUGGCAAGUUGCACUAUCUGUUGAAUCCAAAGUUGCAGAGACAAGGGGCAUGUAUCCUCCUGCACAUGAAUAUAUAAACCAUGCCGAUAGAUCACAUAUUACACUUGUGGAGGCUUUCAGAAACAUGCAAAUUGAUGGUGAGGAACCCCUUGAGAAUGGAGACACAGAUCACGAGAAUGGAGAAGAACAGAAUGGAGAAGAGCAGAAUGAAGAACAGAAUGAAGAGGAACACAAUGGAGAAGAAGGUAGCCAGGAGGAGGGUGUCGUAGUGGAUGCUGAUUCAACAGAUGGCGCUGUACUCGUUAACGGCAACGAGGCUGACGAAGAGUGGGGUACGAAUAAUGAAGGAACCCCGUCGGCCUAAAAGCAAUUGGUUGAGCCAAUGUGAAAAUCCAAAUUUUGUAUCUGUGCUUACGCCACAUCAGUAGGUUCCAGCUGUAUGGAUUUCUUAAAGUGAGAAGAGAUGAGAAAGCUAUCUAUCUAUAAGUGAUUGUGGGGAUUUGUUGUUUCUGUUGCCUGAUGGUGUGGCUUUGUAGCGCCUUGAAUUUUGCCAUUGGGCCAUAUAGUAUAAAAAAUUUCUUAGCUUUAGUUAAUUGCUUUUUCAAUUUUCUUCCUUUUCUUUUAGCAUAUUCUAAAGGCUAUCUCGAAUUUAGUUCCAUUGUGAAUGUAGAAAAAAUUGAACCAGAGAAGAUCACCAGAUUUCUUUUUUUCAUUGUUCAAAUUCUAGAUGUUUUUGGUUCCCUUGUUUGUUGUGGGAAUUCUCUUAUAUUCAUCUUGGAUUGUAAACAUGCCGCCUUAUUAUUAUUAUUAUUAUUAUUCAUUUUCUACA